AUGCCACCUUUAGAUAAAAAGAUCAAAAAGUUCCUGAAGAACUCGAUUAGAGUGGCUCCGAAAAUCUCUAAUAAAGGCGAACUGGCGGAAUUAAGGGCAGGACUAGUGUCGCAAUAUCCUCAGACCCGUAAGGAUGCCAUCAAGAAGACUAUCCAGCAGAUGACUUUGGGUAAGGACGUUUCGUCUUUGUUCCCGGAUGUUCUCAAGAAUAUGGCAACCAACGACGUGGAACAAAAGAAGCUCGUUUAUUUGUACGUUAUGAAUUAUGCUGAGACGCAUCCAGAGCUUUGCAUCUUGGCUGUGAAUACGUUUGUCACAGAUGCCCAGGAUCCCAACCCUUUGAUCCGCUGCAUGUCGAUCAGGACGAUGUCGAUGAUCCGGGUGGAUAAAAUACUUGAUUAUGUGGAAAGCCCGUUACGCCGUACCCUUCAGGAUGACAAUCCGUAUGUGAGAAAGACUGCUGUUAUUUGUGUGGCAAAGCUUUUUCAGUUAGACAGAGAGCUCUGUAUCGAGCUCGGAGUGCUAGAAGAUCUAAAGGCGUCUCUCGACGACUCGAACCCUAUGGUGGUUGCCAAUGCGACCGCGGCACUCACCGAAAUCAACACAAUGGAUCCAAGUGCCAUCGAUUUAACCGAGCUGAUUAACUCCCACGUUUCACAGUUUCUGCUGGCGCUGAAUGAAUGCACGGAAUGGGCAAGGAUAACCAUUUUAGACGCCUUGGCGGGCUAUGAUUCCAAAGACUCCCUGGAGGCACAGGAUAUCAUCGAUCGUGUAUCAGCCCACCUUCAGCACGUUAAUCCAGCAGUUGUUUUGGCUACCAUACAGGUCGUAAUCAAGAACUAUCCGCGUACUCAGCAGCAGCAAACUAACAAAGCUAUCAUGAACAGACUCUCUUCGGCGUUAGUGUCUAUCAUGUCCACUCCACCGGAAAUGCAAUACAUUGCCUUGAGAAAUAUAAGGAUAAUCCUGGAAAAGUAUCCAGAACUGCUUACAAAGGAGCUGAGAAUCUUCUACGUUAAGUUUAACGAUCCAUUGUAUGUCAAGCUAGAGAAGAUAGAUAUUCUAGUAAGGUUAGUGGACCCAACGAAUUUGAAACAAUGCAAUUUGUUGCUGGCUGAACUAAAAGAAUACUCUAUGGAAUUUGAACCUGAGUUUGUUUCUCGGGCAAUUCAGGGUUUAGCGCAGUUGGGUAUCAAGUACUCGGAUCAGAAAUUUGUUCUCAAAACUUUAGACAUUCUAUUGGAGCUUCUCGAAAGGCAUGAAAACCUGAAAGACGAUUGUUGCGUGGCGAUUUGUGAUCUCUUAAGGCACAGCUGUGGAGACAAAGAGAUGGUUGAAAACGUUUGCUCCGUACUAAGCUCUUGGGAGAGCCCUGAAUCUGCCAUGACAUCUGACUCUGCUAAGUGUAACUAUGUGUGGUUAAUGGGCCAGUAUCCGGAUCAGUUUACUAAUCUACAGAGCAAAUUCGAAGGAUUUGUUCAAGAAUUCGCGCAGGAAGAGCAGCUGACCCAGGUUUCCAUACUAAUGACAGCAGUGAGGCUACAUACCAGGUUGCCUGGUGCGAUUCUUCAGAGUGUGCUGGAGCUAGCGACAACUUCUAUUCAUGAGCUGGAUGUUAGAGACAUGGCCAUGAUAUAUUGGAGAUGUCUAUCGUUGCCUGAUUCCGAGAAGUUGAUACAGGAACUGUGCUCGUCGGUUGCGCCUCAGAUCCAAAGCACCCUCGAUUCCUUUUCUCCUGAACUUCUGGAGAAGUUGCUAACAGAGCUUUCCACGAUAGGCUCCAUCCUCUUCAAGCCACAAUCAGAGAGGACGUCGAAUUAUGUACAGCGACAGAGGGUCGUCAAGGGCAAGAAACUACAUGAGCUGGAGGACAUGGCCAAGAACGAGAUUGCCAAUAACUUCAAUGAUGAUGUACUGCUUGAUUUCGGCGGCGAGGAAUCAACUGGGCGAGUAUCCGGGAGCAAAGAGACGCUUGACGACCUGGAUGACCUAUUCAACUUCAGUUCUGACACCGUAAGCGAAGGUCUGAAAAGUCUAAGCGUGCGAUCGCAACCGGCGCCCAAGCAAACGCCGAACACUCAGGACCUCUUGGACAUCUUUUGA